GUGCUCAUACAUCUGCUAGGCUUAGUAUUUUCACUUGUAUCACUUCCACGUAGUUCAUGUGAAUGGCCCCGCUGCUCUGGAUGUGGAGUGGGAGAAUGAAUCAAUGGGGCGGUCCCCUUAAUGCAGGAUCUGUUUGGCAAUUGGCACAAAGGAAUUUCUCCAAGGAAACGGUUUGUUUUCCUCCUGCUGCUCACGUCAAAAUCGCUUCACUCGCAUUCCAUCCCUCCUCCCCAUCCCUGGUUUGUUCAGAGCUCUUUGGGAAGCUCCACCCUUCCUAACCAAACACUGCAGCCCCUUGCUCCUCCUCCGCCCCAUAGGCUGCCUUGCUUUCCCAUUGACCUCCACGUGCGGACCCAGCACUUCUUGCUGCAGUUAUUUGGCCUCCUGCUGGCUGUGCAGCACGGCAUGAUUGUGGGCACGGUCCUGUUCCAGCCCAGCAGCUAUGGCAGAGACAACAAGCUGCUCUGCUGCCUUGGCAAUGAUGGCUCUGAGCCUGCUGGGUCGAGCUUCACAGAGGCCCUGCACCGUCCCUAUGGUUGCGAUGUUGAACCCCAGGCGCUGAACGAAGCCAUCAGGUGGAGCUCCAAGGAGAACCUGCUGGGAGCCACUGAGAGCGACCCCAACCUCUUUGUUGCACUUUAUGAUUUUGUAGCAAGCGGUGACAACACGCUCAGCAUCACCAAAGGUGAGAAGUUGCGAGUCCUGGGUUACAACCAGAAUGGUGAAUGGAGUGAGGUACGUUCCAAGAAUGGGCAGGGCUGGGUACCAAGCAACUACAUCACACCAGUGAACAGCCUGGAGAAGCACUCGUGGUAUCACGGGCCGGUGUCACGCAGCGCAGCAGAGUAUCUGUUGAGCAGCCUCAUCAAUGGCAGCUUCCUGGUUCGUGAGAGCGAGAGCAGCCCAGGGCAGCUGUCCAUCUCGCUCAGGUACGAGGGACGUGUCUACCACUACAGGAUCAACACCACCUCCGAUGGAAAGGUGUAUGUGACAGCAGAAAGCCGGUUCAGCACGCUAGCAGAACUAGUGCACCAUCACUCCACAGUAGCAGAUGGGCUGGUGACGACUCUGCAUUACCCAGCACCCAAGUGCAAUAAGCCCACUGUGUAUGGAGUGUCCCCCAUCCACGACAAGUGGGAGAUGGAGAGGACUGACAUCACCAUGAAGCACAAACUGGGGGGAGGGCAGUACGGUGAGGUGUAUGUUGGUGUCUGGAAGAAAUACAACCUCACUGUUGCUGUGAAAACAUUAAAGGAAGAUACCAUGGAGGUGGAAGAGUUCCUGAAAGAAGCUGCUGUGAUGAAGGAAAUCAAGCACCCAAAUCUGGUGCAGUUAUUAGGUGUGUGUACCCUGGAGCCCCCUUUUUACAUCGUGACAGAGUACAUGCCUUAUGGGAACCUGCUGGACUAUUUACGGGAAUGCAACCGGGAGGAAGUAAGUGCUGUUGUGCUGCUCUAUAUGGCCACUCAGAUAUCCUCUGCUAUGGAGUACCUGGAGAAGAAGAACUUCAUUCACAGGGACCUGGCAGCACGGAACUGCUUAGUUGGAGAAAACCAUGUAGUGAAGGUGGCUGACUUUGGCUUAAGUAGGCUGAUGACUGGAGAUACCUACACAGCUCAUGCUGGAGCCAAGUUCCCAAUCAAGUGGACUGCUCCUGAGAGCCUGGCCUAUAACACCUUUUCCAUCAAAUCAGACGUGUGGGCCUUUGGGGUGCUGUUAUGGGAAAUUGCUACCUAUGGGAUGUCACCAUACCCAGGCAUUGACCUCUCUCAGGUGUAUGAUCUGCUGGAAAAGGGCUAUCGGAUGGAACAGCCGGAGGGAUGCCCUCCAAAGGUUUAUGAACUGAUGAGAGCCUGUUGGAAGUGGAACCCACCAGACCGACCUUCCUUUGCUGAGACCCACCAGGCUUUUGAAACCAUGUUCCAUGACUCGAGCAUCUCAGAGGAGGUAGCAGAGGAGCUUGGAAGAACAGCCUCCUCCUCAUCCAUUGUUCCUUACCUGCCCCGGCUGCCCAUGCUUCCCUCCAAGACAAGAACACUGAAGAAACAGGCAGAGAACAAGGAGAACAUUGAAGGAACACAGGAUACCCUGGAGCAUUCGGCAUCCAGCUCUGCACCAGGUUUGAUCAGAAGCACACAGCCAACAAGCGGGUCUCCCGCGCUGCCUCACAAGCAGAGGGACAAGUCACCCAGCAGCCUGCUGGAGGAUGCCAAAGAGACCACUUUCACCAGGGACAGGAAAGGUGGCUUCUUCAGCUCCUUCAUGAAGAAGAGGAAUGCUCCCACGCCUCCCAAGCGCAGUAGCUCCUUCCGGGAGAUGGAGAAUCAGCCCCACAAGAAAUACGAGUUAACGGGUAAUUUUUCAUCUGUUGCUUCAUUGCAGCACGUGGAUGGGUUCGCUUUUGCUCCCACGCAGCAGGACACAAACCUGGCACCACCCAAGUGCUACGGUGGGAGCUUUGUGCAGCGGACCUUCUACAACGAUGAUGGCACUGGUACCAGCAGCGGUGGGGGUGUGAGCACUGGUGGUGGGUGGUCUGGCAUCACAGGUUUCUUUACACCGCGCUUGAUUAAAAAGACACUGGGUCUACGACCAGGAAAGCCCACUGGCAAUGAGGAAGCAUCGAAGCCUUUUCCAAGGUCAAACUCUACAUCUUCCAUGUCCUCAGGGCUUCCAGAGCAGGAUAGGAUGGCAAUGACCCUUCCCAGAAAUUCCCAGAGGUCAAAAAUCCAGCUGGAACGGACAGUGUCCACCUCCUCUCAGCCUGAUGAGAGCACAGGGAGGGCAAACGACCUGCUGCCCAAAAGGUUUGAAGAAGGUUCCGCUUUGACCAGAGAAAGACCAAAAGCAAAACUCUUGGCAAGGGGUGCCACAGCUCUCCCUUUCCGAACCCCCUCCGGUUCAGAGGAAAAGGAGAUCGCAGGGCUAGCAGCAACUCCUAAAAGCAAAGAAAAAAACAGCGUCCCACGGCAAGGGGCCCUCGAGGAUGGCGAGAGAGCGGGGUGGUCCUCUCCGGUAAAGGCUGCAGCAAUACUUCCAACCACUCAUAACCACAAAGUGCCAGUCCUAAUCUCACCCACUCUGAAACACACUCCAGCAGAUGUGCAGCUUAUUGGCACAGACUCUCAGGGUAAUAAAUUUAAGCUCUUAUCUGAGCAUCAGGUCACUUCUUCCGGCGACAGGGACCGGCCCAGACGGGUAAAACCAAAGUGUGCUCCGCCUCCGCCACCAGUGACGAGGCUCCUCCAGCAGCCGGCUGCCUGCUCGGAUGCAGCAGAAGAGCUAAGCAACGCGGCGGGAGCGCAGCACGAGUCAAGUGAAGGGAGCAAGAAGGCAGCAGCAGCAGCAGCACCUGUCGGUGGGAAAUCUGGGAGGCCCGCGAUGCCUCCGCCUCAAGUGCCUCUGUCGUCAUCUUCCACCUCCCCAGUGAAAAUGGCCAACGGCACAGCUGGUGCAAAGGUAGCGUUAAGAAAGACCAAACAGGCAACCGAGAAAAUCCCAGCAGACAAAAUCAGCAAGGAAGCGUUGCUGGAGUGCGCCGACCUCCUCUCGAGUGCCAUCGCUGAGCCCACACCAAACAGCCAGCUGGUGGACACGGGGCAUCAGCUGUUGGAUUACUGCUCAGGCUACGUGGACUGCAUUCCGCAUACACGCAACAAAUUUGCCUUCCGGGAAGCCGUGAGCAAACUGGAACUCAGCCUGCAGGAACUGCAGGUGUCCUCAACAGCUGCUGGCAUCCCUGGGGCAAACCCCGUCCUUAAUAACUUAUUGUCGUGCGUCCAAGAAAUCAGCGAUGUGGUGCAAAGGUAGCUACUGUCAAUCUGGGUAAGAGAAAUACACCCGGGGUGGGGUGGGGGGGCUUUUUUCUGUACUGAUGCUUUCAAAAGGAAAGACUGAUACUUGAGUAUGUGAAGUACCUCAGAUCACUGAGUUCUCACGUUUACAAGUUCAUCUCAGAAAACGGGGAUGGAGAGGGUAGAUUCAAGCUGUAAGGGGCAGAACAUCGAGUAUUUGUCCCUACCUUGCCGGUCUGGUCCGCUUGGUGUGGCAAGGCGAGGAAGAUCCUUGCUCCUCCCUUUGAGAGGCAGGAGAAUCGAUGGCAGGUUCUCACUCUGGGAAGGACGGUCUGGCAGCCAGAAUGCUGGAGUGGCUGCUGGCCCCGUGGCUGCACAGACGCACCCCACCAGCACUAACACACGCUUCUGGGCUCCUGACAAGGUGAGGAAGGGCCCCGGGGCUCUGCUGGUACCAGCUGCUGAGCGGUCCUGGCUGGGCAGCUCUGAAGGAGCAGGCUGCGUGCAGCUGGGGGCAGGUCUAAUGCACUGACAGUAUUCAGAGCUGCUGGAGGUGGAUGCACUAGCCUCAGUGGCUUUACUUCCACAGUGCUGUUGCUGCUGUAAUGAGAACUGCAAAAUUAGUUAAUAUAUGAAAUUAUCCCUUUUCCCUCCUGUCCACCACAUCUUCCACAUGUUCUCGUCUUCAUUGUAGCUGAGGCAUCAGGAAUGCUGGGCAGACUUACCACUGGAAUUACCCCCUUCCCACCACACUGCCUUCACUCAGUCGAUUCCUAUUUCUAGUGGUGUAGCAUGAGUGCUGCUUGAUGGUCAUUGGUUGUGAGUAGUUUGGGGCUCUUGCACAACUUGCCAGUGUUGAUGGGAUGGGGUGGGGUGUUGCUUUUGGUUUUUUUUAAAGGCUCUACAUUGUUUUUAACUUGUUACCAAGUCAGCUCCCCAGUUCAGGUUCAGCACCUUGAGGCCCAUGGCAGGUCAGGCAGAACCUGUGCCACCAGCAGCCCCUGGCUGCAACGUGCUGACCUUCAGCAGGCAGGGCUGGAGCCGGGAGAACAGCCGGCCUGCCUGCAGGUGACACUGCACAGCCACAUCACAGCCCUUGCUGGGACUUGUUGCUCUCGCUUACCAGUCUUGCAGGCUUCCACCGUCCGGGGCUGUGGAGGUGACUGGGUAUGUCCACACGUGAGUCACGACCGUCCUGUUUUAGUUUAUGUUUUGACAACUGGACCAGAAUCUCCUGCUGUGUGAGCUGCGUUCUGCCUGGAACGUGACAGAGGCGUCAGGGCUGCACCUGGGGAGCUCCCAUGGAACACAGUGCUGGCAGUCCCAGAAGGCAGGAGGCCACGGGGCUGGGCUCCUUCCAUCCUGGUUGUUGUGGCCUCAGAAAGCUGCUGUGCAUGUGCACGGCGUGCUGAGAGCUUAAGGACUGGCGAGUACAGAGACCUCAACUACUUGUUGGUUAGAGAAGCAAACAGGCCUGAUAACCUGCAUCCAAAUACCCGUUACCCUGCAUGCUGCUGCUCACUUCACACUGUUUGUGAUGAUAGAGGAUCUGGCUUGCUUUGCACCUUAAAUCUUUGAUUUUAUUGUUUUUGCUAAAAUGCUUUUUUUGUUGUUUUUUUUUUUUAACUUGUUUUUAAAACGUAACUGUGCUGCUUUUAGGUUGAGUGUUUAGAGUUGAGCCGGGGCACAGGAGUGAAUUGAGAUGGUUGGCACUCAGGCAUCCUUUGUUUGCAUACAGGCAUCACCCUGUUGGUGCUCAGCAGCAGGAUGGGCCUCUUGUGCUUCACUGUCAAACCACAUGAAAUAACGAAUAAAACCCCAACCCUUCCACCCCAGCUUGUCCUGGAUCUCCACCUGCAGCUCCCUGGGGCACUGACCCAGCAGGGAGGCAGAGCACCUACCAGUUCUCUUGUAGACUUUACCAAGGGCUGCUGUGGUUUACCUUACCUGCUCCAGUCAUCUCUAUUGAACGUGUGCAUCGCUGCACAGCAGACUGGCUGCCUUUGGAAAGCUGACCCAUAAAGGGACAAAAUCUCAAGGCGCUGUUUCACGUUGCCUUCUUAACAGUCAGGAGGAGUGGAAGGGAUUGGGAGCUCCCUUGGUGUCAGAGGGGCUGGUCCUGUUUGCCCUGCAGACAAUCGUGUGGGUUCAUCGCUGUCGUGCUCUCAGCCCAGUCAAAACCGACUGGAACUGAAGCAGUUAUUCUCAGGGGAAAGGUAUUUUAACCAGAACAUUUGACAAGUGUUCUUCCAGUUCUGCUGAGUAUUUUAAAAGAAGCUUUUUUUACGUGUAUUAUUUCCUGAAUAUCGGUCUUCCAGAAAAGCUCCCACAGAAGUGACAGAAUAGCAAACGGUUCCUGGAGUUUCUAAUUAUCACAACAGACCCCUUCCAACUCCUUUGUACCCUACUUAAGGAACAAACCAUGCCCAGCACAGGGCUGCCUGCCCUCCCCGUGCUCGCUUUCUGCCUGCUGCCUGUUUUCUCCUCCCAUACAGAGAUAGUUGGCAGGACACAGCUGUGGGCAGUCAGAAGAGGCAGAAUUCACCUGCUCUCCCAGGAUCACACACAGCUGAGGCAGCUCCUCCACAUGUCCUUUCCCUCUUCUAGAUUUGCCUUUCUGCUCAGCCUUAAAGGUCUCAACCGUAGCAGCUUCUCUGCUUUCAGCUUUGCUCACAGUCUGUGUCAGGUACUGUAUGGAUGGCAAAGCCCUGUUACUUCUUCCAAUGAAGAGCAUCUCUUGCUCCACGCUGUGUGGAUGAGACAACCUCCUCUUGUAUUUCCUUUCUUCUCCGCUGUCACAAGGCCUCGUGUGGUGAAGAUGCAGCUGGGCUCUCACUUGCAUUACUGCAGCCUCGAAUUGAAGGCAGUCAUCUUUGCAGCAGGGUGGCAGACCAUAGUGCUGUGAGCUCAGAGCCCAGAGCAAAGCAGCGUGGGGCAUUUCUCUCCCUACCUCCCACGGGAGCAGCUCUCUGCACUGUACACCCUUCUUAACCCUGGGUACAGCAGUGCACGUGGCAGCGCACACAACUGGUUUGUACUUCUCACCAGUGCUGGCAGGGCUGAAUUAAGAGCUUUGGUCUUAGGAUUGCAUCAAACCUCAGAGCUGGGAGAGCAGAGCUGAACAGAGCAGCACUCCUGACGCAGGACACGGGGCUGUUCUCUCUGUUCCUUGUGCUCACAGAGGAGGCUUCUGAGCACCGCUGGCCCAGUGUCAGCAGGAGCAGCUGGUGCAGAUGGGCCGUGGGCACUGGGAUUCUCUCAGGCCUGGAGUGGAGAACCAGCUCAUCCCCUGGUGGUAGGAAGUGGCAGCUCCUGGGACGUAUCUGCAGUGCCUGUGGGAUGCCUGUACCAAAGGAGGUCAUCUUCCCAGCACGGUGUGGAGCCCACUCGGCAUGGCACAAUGUGGGUAUCAGUACUGAGCUCACAGAGGGCAGGAAUGGAUGAAAUGAAACACGUUAAUCACCAAUCACUCGACAGUGUUGUCAACUGUUUUGUUUUUAAUUGUUAUUGUAAUAUAUUUUGGUUGUUUUUCUAAUUUAAUUCUCUCACUAUCGUCUGACUGUGAACUACGAACAGUGUUAAACUUGAUGUAAAUAGGGCCCUCGGAAGGGCCUCUUUGCCUGUCGUUCCACAAAGUUUUGCCAAUUUGCAUUUUGUUUUAAAUAAAGGUUGCAAUAUUUUAUUGGCAAAAAACCACAA